UCUUUUUCUUCCUUGCGUGCGCGGUCCUGGCGGGGCAUCUGUCGAUCAAUCGAUGGAUGAUUGAUCGAUCGCUCUCGAUCGCCAGGCGGCAAAUGGAGGUAGUCUGACCUAAAAGAUCGGCCGCCUUUCUUCCAGCUCCAGGGAAGCCGGUCCAAUGCGAAAGAGCUGAGGCAGCGCGGCCAGGUUCUUUUUUCUUUUCGAUUCUCUCGCUGGGCUAUCCGAUGGAAGAUUUCGGCGGAAUUCCGAGCGCUCUGCCCGAUCUCCCGCUCGACCUCCUCGGAUUGAUCACAAGCCGGGUCGGCCACAGGGAUCUCUGCAUCCUCAGCGCCACUUGCCGCAAGCUUCGAAGCGCGUGCUCGUCGGACAAGCUCUGGCUCCCGCAGUGCCAGCGCCUGGCCGAGGGCGAAUCCAUCGACUUGAAUGCCUGGAGGAGCGGGAUGGAGUCACACCGGGCGCUCUAUCGCUUCCUGGCUGGAGCGAGGCCCCUCCUCGGCAUCUGGGUGCACCAAAACCCAGAGCUCGGCAACUUGGUGUACGUGACCUGGGGAUUCCUCUCCAUCAUCGGCUGCCGGAUCAUCCCCCAGGAGCUCGGCCCGCGGGGGAUGGAGCGCGGCCUUCUUUGGGCGCCAGUGUUCGAGGUGAUUGGAGCUCCCGAUGGAUCGCUGGCCUUCUUCCUCCACGGCAGGGACAAGGAGGACUGGUGCUACCCGGGGCGAGUGGAGCCGGCGAGAGAAGGCUGCAACGUUUUGAUGCUGGAGGUCGAGUCCUUCCUGGAGGCCGAGGGGGGGAGGAGGAGCCCGAGUGGCAGCCCGGACAGCACUCUGGCCGGUGUCGCGGUAGAGAGCACCUGCAGCAGCGACGACGAUUGCUCCGGCAGGAGAUUCAGCGCAAGGAGGCCGUCGGAGGAGGACGAGGGGAUCUGCUUCGGGAGGCUGAGCUUCGGCGACCGGAGGCGGCUGCUGGAGAUGGUGGUGGCGGAGAUCCGGAUCAAAAUGCCGGCGCUGGCGCAGGGGCCGCUCAUCUCCCGGCCGAGCUUGGCGUCCAAGAAGGAGCUCAGGGCGAUGACCGAGAGGCACGCAUUGCUGCUGUGGAUGUACGUGCAUGGGGACCCCCGCAGCACAGAAACCGGUCGAGGAGGUGGAGAAGCGACGACGCCUUCUUCUUGCCACUGCCACCACCACAGGAUUGUGGACUCGGAAUGUUUGUCUGGGAAGUUGGGAAGCUCGUACGCUAGCGAGGACAGGCCUGCUGCUGCCACUGCCACUGCUGCCACUUCUACGAUCACUGCAACGACGCCGGCUUCGAAAAGAUCCGGUUUUGCGGGCUUUCUUAAGGCGAAGAUUAGGCAGAUCGUCCUGCGGAGUAAGCUGGCGGCACAGGAGGGGAGGAGGAAGAACAGGACGGAGGUGGCGUCACCGGGGGCAGCACCGAGCAGGCGAUUGACGCUGCGGGAGUACCUCCGGCAGGGCGCCGGGGUUGGGCUCCGGCUCGAGGCGGCGAGCUUGAAGUUGACGCUCUACCGGGCCUGGCCGAUCAUCUGCGAGAACCGGUUCGCGCUCUACAAGCUCCCCGAGCAGAAGGCUGUGGAGGGCCGCGAGCUUGCCGGCCUGUGGGGCGGGACUUUCGGAUGGCCGCCGGGGCGGCCGGACGGGGAGAGCAAGCCCGGGAAGCCACUCUUCUUCCUGCUGCUCUCGUACGACGACGAGGGCGAUCGCGAGAGAGAUGGUGGAGGAGGAGGAAGGCUGCUGAUAGCGACCAAGAUCCUGGAGGGGACUCACUACGUUCUUCAUCCGAAUGGAUCGGCGAUGUUCACUGCGAGAGUGGAGGAGCCAUCGGCGGAGAGGUUCCCGUGGGAGAGUUACCGGGAUGGGAGCGUCGUGGAGACGGUGGAGUGCUACCAGGGCGAGGGGAUCUCCAACGGGUAUGGGUUCCGGUACCCGAGCUCCAAGCCCGGGGCGCUGUUCGUGCACCGGAGUGGGAUGCUCGCGUUCGUGUGGAGCGAGUCGCGGGCGGUGCUGACGCUGGAGAAGCUGGACGUGGAGGAGAUGCUGCGCAACGGGGAGAGAGUCGGGGCUCUCACGCCCAUCGCCAACUUCGCCUAUCACACCAAGGCCAAUUCCAAUGUCUUUGCUGGCUGUGCUAGCCAUUGAAGAGAUAAAUAUUCUAGGAAUAUCCGCCUUCCAGCGAAGAACCCUAAAAAUGUGAAGAACCCUAAAAAGCAAA